AAGAUAAACAUGGCGGCGGCAGCAAGGAUUUGGGCACCUGCCCUAUUCUUGGUGUACAGUUUCUUACACAACAACUGUCACGCGACGAGAUUCGGUCGGGUAGCAGACACACUUUUCUUCCCUCCUCUUUCCGAAGGCGAGAAAAUGGGGCACAACAUACAAGUAUUAGAGUCAAAGGCUGAAGACGAGGUGGAUCAACUCCUUCGUCGAUACACCAGAUCGGUACCAACGCAAAGUCCCGCGACUGGGGAUGCACAAGAAACAAGCAUAUUUGAUCUCCAUGACAACCACACAACGCUGGUCGUCCACUGGGCAGGGGAGCGCAGUAAAGUCAUCAUUGCGUUGGCGAGGAAUGGACUUGGCACCUCAGGAAGUAGAGUGUUUGUAUCAAGGGAUUAUGGGAAGAACUUCAGCGACAUCAGCAGCCUGAUGAUGCAUGACGGGAAGAAGGCUGAGAUCACUCACUACUAUAACACUCCAUCACACAACAGUCACUACAUCUUCACGGACAUAGAGGACCGAUGCAUAUUCACCACCAGGGACUAUGCCAGGUCAUUCAGCACAAUCUGUGGCUUGACCUUCAAACCUCGUCAGAUCUCCAUCAACAGUGUCAACCCAGACUUGGUUCUUGCCAUGGACGAACAGAGCUCUACAAAAGAGCUGUACCUGUCACAGGACUUCGGGUUUACCUGGCGUAGAGUUGGCGAUAAUGUGAAAUCCUUCUACUGGGGAGUGCUACCUUACGACACAGCAGCGACCAUCUAUGUGGAAGAGGAGCGGCCCCAAGGAUUUGUUAUGUUAGACGUUGUAUACAAGAGCACAGAUCUGUUCCGGACAUCAGCCAAUAAGAAGACUCUCAUUUCAGACGUGAAGGACUUUGAAGUCCGAGGGAAAUACAUGUUUGCUACAAAAAACGUGCGACUGCUUGGAGCAACCGAGUCGUACACCCAACUGUGGGUGUCAUCGGACAGAGGGCCCUUCCUCAAGGCGGAGUUCCCCUCACCCCACAACCAUGAGUAUUACAUCGCGGAUGCUUCAGAGGAUCAGGUGAUGGUGUGUGUUUACCACAACAGCAGUGCCACCAACCUCUACAUCUCUGAGGUGAAGGGCUUCCGGUUCUCGCUGUCACUGGAGAGAGUCGUCUACUACAACCCGAAGGGAGCUAACAAAGACACAUGGCUCAGGUACUACACAAACGAGACAUUUGCUGACAUUCAUCGAGUUGAUGGCAUGCGAGGUAUCUUCAUAGCGUCCCAGCUCCUUACAGCAGCUCUUGACAUAGACCAGCAGCGGAGCUUGAUCACCUUCGACAAGGGCGGCGAAUGGCAGCUCAUCCGAGCACCGGCCGACGGGGACCGAGAUGCCAACUGCUCCCAGGCUAAAGUAACACCUUGGUCGUCCAGAGAGCUGACGAACUGCUCGCUCCACGUGACCCAGCAGCUGCAUCGCUUCUAUCCCAGCAGCCGCACCCCUCUCAUCAUGUCUCGCAAGUCCGCCCCGGGGAUCAUCAUCGCAUCAGGGGUCAUCGGCACCAAGAUCAAACACAACCCCAACGUGUUCGUGUCCUCCGAUGCAGGAUACACAUGGACGCAGGUGUUGCAUGGGGAGUACCUGUACACCUUCGCUGACCACGGCGGGAUACUGCUGUCAGCCAAACAGUAUGAUGUCACGGACACCGUGUACUAUUCGGUUGACGAAGGCAGCAACUGGAUAGCCAAGAAGUUCACGAAUACAUCCAUCCGUAUCUACGGCAUUCUCACCGAACCAGGGGAGGCAACUACUGUGUUUUCUGUGUUUGGAUCGCACACGGGACGUCACAGUUGGCUCAUCAGCCAGCUCAACAUGACCAAUGUUCUGAAAUCGAAGUGUAAAGACGACGCCUACAAGAUGUGGUCCUUCACGAUGGUCAACGACACCAAGGGCUGCCUGCUUGGCCGCCGCACACAGUACCGCAGGCGGAUCAAGCAGACUGUGUGCUACAAUGGUUAUGACUAUGAACAAGAGAUCCGCCUCGAGAACUGUCCCUGCACCAGAAUGGACUAUGAAUGUGACUUCGGCUUCAUCCAGAGAAACAUGUCGUACGACUGCAUCCAGGACCAACACGUGAACGCGGCCGACAUCCACCAUGUGCCCAGCCCUUGCCCUCCAACUACCUACUACCCCUACACCCGCGGGUACCGGAAGGUCGCUGGGGACACCUGUCGUGACGGGGAUGAACACAGAUUUGCUCCCCUCAGAUAUUCCUGCCCUAUCAGAGAGAGGAAGGAGUUUCUCCUUUUCACAAAUAGGUCCUGCAUUAACAUGAUCAACCUUGAAGACAACCACUUCGAAACCAUCGUUAGUCAGGGGAUUGAGCACGUGACUGCGGUGGAGUUCGACUAUGCCCAUAACUGUUUGUUCUGGGCCGACAUAUCGCUGAAAAGAAUCAAUCACUUGUGCCUGAACGGCAACCAGACUGUGUCGCCGGUGGUUCUGAGAGACUUGUACACCGUGGAGGCACUAGCACUGGACUGGACAGCCCACACCCUGUUCUGGGUGGACUCCGAAAACCACAGCAUCUCCGUCGUCCGUACCAAUGGACGCUUCAGACGGACUCUGUACAAGGGAUCUGACGUGCUGGAACGGCCCCGGGCUCUCGUCCUUGACCCUCAUCAUGGAUACAUGUACUGGACUGACUGGUCUUACUCCAACCCCCGGAUCGCCCGAGCCUGGAUGGACGGCACGAACACGUCUGUACAGACCAUUGUCAAUGGCUCCAAUGUGCGCUGGCCCAACGGCCUGGCCAUUGACUUGCCCUCGGAGCAGCUGUUCUGGACUGAUGCUGGUCUCCACAAACUGUUUGUGUCUGACCUGGAGGGCCAGAACAUCCGCACGCUGGUUCGGGGGAUGCUGAAUGCCCCUCAUCCUUUCUCCAUUGCGGUCUACAAGAACAACAUCUACUGGGCGGACUGGUCCAGGGACGCAGUGUUGACGGCAGACAAGGAGCAUGGCUGGGGGCUCACUGCGGUGAGAGGGUCCUUGCCUUCCAACAUCCUGGACCUGAAGGUCGUCUCCCACACCUCUCAGCAAGCCAACAGCGCCUGCACACUGAACAGCUGCACCCAGCUGUGCAUGCCACGCCCCCCUCCAGCUGACCACAAGUCUCACCACAACCGGACGUGCAAGUGUGGGGACGGCGUGUCCCACUCCCUCACCUCCAGCGGGGACGAGCAGUGCAAGUGUGAGUCGGGCGAGGUGAACAACCAGGGCAUCUGUAGCCACAACUCCACCACUACCUGUUCUGCGGAUAGAUUCAAGUGUCGAAACUCCCGAUGUAUCCCCCUCAUCUGGCAGUGUGAUAACGACAACGACUGCACCGAUGGCAGCGAUGAAGUAGAUUGUCCCUAUGCGACGUGUGCGGAGAACAGUUUCCAGUGCACAAAUGGACAGUGUAUUCCUGAGAGAUGGAAGUGUGACUACGACAAUGAUUGUGGGGACAGUUCUGACGAGCGCAACUGUAAACACACCAACUGCAAUGCCAGCCAGUUCCAGUGUCACAACAGACGCUGCAUCAGCAAGAAGUGGGUGUGUGACAACGACAAUGACUGCCACGACAACUCGGAUGAAGUCAACUGUACCACAGUCGCUCCGUGCCAGGCGUGGGAGAGAAGUUGCAGCAGCGGCGAGUGCAUCAGCUCACAGGCCCACUGUAACGGGGUGUUCGACUGCCUGGACCACACUGACGAACAGAACUGCACCAGUUUGACCUGCCCCCCCUGGCGCCACCUGUGUGCCUCGGGCAACCAGUGCGUCUUCCUCACCUGGCUAUGUGAUGGGGAGAAGGACUGCUCUGAUGGCAGCGAUGAAGACCACUGCACAGUAAGCACGACCAGUGUCCCAGUUUCGAGACCCACAACAGCCCCGCCGUCGUGCCAUGUGUGGCAGUUCCAUUGCAACAACAACUUCUGCAUCUGGCAUGGGUCCCGAUGUGACGGCUUCAACGACUGCGGAGACAACUCGGACGAAGUGGAUUGUGGGGACCGAGUCAGCACGACGACAUCGCCAAGGCCAGGCACCUGCAACUACUAUCAGUGGACGUGUAACAGUGGCCAGUGCAUCAACGCAGGCCAGCGCUGUGACAACACGACCGACUGCUGGGAUGGCAGCGAUGAAAUCAGCUGUGAGUCAACGUGUGGCGCCACCGAGUUCCUUUGCUACAAGUCUACCUUACCACCUAACUGCAUCAGGAACUCGUGGGUGUGUGACGGCAUGAACGACUGCCAGGGCGGGGAGGAUGAGAGAAACUGCAGUGGGUUGGCGUGCACUCCUGACCAUUUCAAGUGUACAUACUCCUACGGCUGUAUCCCUCAACAGCAAGUGUGUGACGGAACUGUCGACUGUUCGGAUAGCUCUGAUGAGAGAGGCUGUGAUACCAACGCAACAAUGAGUCCCAUCCCGCCAGGGAACCGUUGCCAGCAGCCUGACAAGUUCUUCCAGUGCCCCCAGGAGGAAACCUGCAUCCUUUGGCUGUACGUGUGUGAUGGAAAGACCGACUGCAUGGACCGGGCCGACGAGAACCUUCCCAUGUGUGCCGCAGCAGCCAACCGUUUGUCAGUAUCAGCCAUUGCUUUGAAUGACAGCAUCACGGUCACCUGGAAUUCCAGAAUCAAACCAUCAUCAGGAACACAGUAUAUCAUCACUUGUCUUGACACAACUGACAGUAACAAUUGGGUGAAUCGCACAGUGGCCGAUGUGCAACACUUCACUCUGCAGCACCUGCAGCCUGUCACAACCUACAAAGUGGCCGUAAACCCAACUCACUCACUCACUCACUCACUCACUCACUCACUCACUCAUGUGGUACAUUCUGUGUUCCAGUGACACAACUGACAGUAACAAUUGGGUGAAUCGCACAGUGGCCGAUGUGCAACACUUCACUCUGCAGCACCUGCAGCCUGUCACAACCUACAAAGUGGCCGUAAACCCAACUCACUCACUCACUCACUCAUGUGGUACAUUCUGUGUUCCAGUGACACAACUGACAGUAACAAUUGGGUGAAUCGCACAGUGGCCGAUGUGCAACACUUCACUCUGCAGCACCUGCAGCCUGUCACAACCUACAAAGUGGCCGUAAACCCAACUCACUCACUCACUCACUCACUCACUCACUCAUGUGGUACAUUCUGUGUUCCAGUGACACAACUGACAGUAACAAUUGGGUGAAUCGCACAGUGGCCGAUGUGCAACACUUCACUCUGCAGCACCUGCAGCCUGUCACAACCUACAAAGUGGCCGUAAACCCAACUCACUCACUCACUCACUCACUCACUCACUCACUCACUCAUGUGGUACAUUCUGUGUUCCAGUGACACAACUGACAGUAACAAUUGGGUGAAUCGCACAGUGGCCGAUGUGCAACACUUCACUCUGCAGCACCUGCAGCCCGUCACAACCUACAAAGUGGCCGUAAACCCAACUCACUCACUCACUCACUCACUCACUCACUCACUCACUCAUGUGGUACAUUCUGUGUUCCAGUGACACAACUGACAGUAACAAUUGGGUGAAUCGAACAGUGGCCGAUGUGCAACACUUCACUCUGCAGCACCUGCAGCCCGUCACAACCUACAAAGUGGCCGUAAACCCAACUCACUCACUCACUCACUCAUGUGGUACAUUCUGUGUUCCAGUGACACAACUGACAGUAACAAUUGGGUGAAUCGCACAGUGGCCGAUGUGCAACACUUCACUCUGCAGCACCUGCAGCCUGUCACAACCUACAAAGUGGCCGUAAACCCAACUCACUCACUCACUCACUCAUGUGGUACAUUCUGUGUUCCAGUGAUACAACUGACAGUAACAAUUGGGUGAAUCGCACAGUGGCCGAUGUGCAACACUUCACUCUGCAGCACCUACAGCCCGUCACAACCUACAAAGUGGCCGUAAACCUAACUCACUC